AUGCGCACCGCAUGUCUACGGGCUGCUAGCACUGCUAGUAGGCUCACAAGAAGCACAUGUGUAGCACAGCUAUCGCGUCCACAGCUCGCAGGCACCUCGUCAAGAGUUUCUUCCUAUCUCACUCAGCAGGCGCUUCAGAAACGCGCCUUCCAGCAAAAUUCCACAACCGCACAACAAGCAGCCGCGGCUGCUGCACCUGCCGAUGAUGUAUUCGACACGCCACCUCAGCAGACGAAUUCGGCGAAGCCUUUCGAAGCGCUCGACACAUUUCCCCGCCGUCACAUUGGGCCUUCUGCAGAGUCAGCCGAAGCCAUGCUCAAGGCGUUAGACCCGCCCGUCGGCAGUCUCGACCAAUUUGUGAGGCAGGUGAUACCCGCCGACAUUCUUUCGGCGCGAGAGUUGAAGAUUGGGAGCUUGGUGGAUCAGUCCCCCGAAUCAUGGAAAUACAACGGCGUGCCCGAGUCCGUAUUCUUGAACAACGCAAAGGAAAUCAUGAACGAGAAUAUGCCGGGCAACAGCCUCAUCGGACAGGGAUAUUAUGGAACAAAGGUGCCGGAGGUGAUUAAGAGGAAUGUGCUGGAGAACCCGGCAUGGUAUACAAGCUACACGCCAUACCAGCCUGAAAUCAGCCAGGGACGUCUCGAGUCGCUGCUGAACUUUCAAACCAUGGUGUCAGACCUGACAGGCCUGAGCAUUGCGAAUGCUUCGGUGCUGGACGAGCCGACUGCGGCCGCCGAGGCCAUGACCAUGUCUAUGGGCAUGAUGCCACUGUCCAAGCAGAAGAGCAAGAACAAGACUUUCCUGGUGUCGGAGAAGUGCCACCCGCAGACUCUCGCCGUCUUGUAUUCUCGCGCUGAAGGUUUUGGCAUCAACAUCGAGGUUGCAGACGUGCUCGCAAACAACAGCAAGAGGGUUGAGGAGAUAGGCCAAGAUUUGGUUGGAGUACUGGCUCAGUACCCGGAUACAGAGGGAGGUGUGAGCGACUUCCGCGGUUUGGCUGAGAAGGUGCACAAGACCGGUGCUCUCUUCAGUGUAGCAACCGACCUGCUCGCUCUUACGCUGCUCACUCCACCAGGCGAGUUCGGUGCCGACAUUGCUUUCGGAAACGCACAGCGCUUCGGUGUACCCCUGGGUUUUGGUGGACCACAUGCUGCUUUCUUCGCUUGCGACGAGCAGUAUAAGCGCAAGAUUCCGGGUCGUCUGAUCGGUCUCUCAAAGGAUAGGCUGGGAAACCCAGCGGCACGACUUGCUUUACAGACUCGCGAGCAGCACAUCCGACGUGAGAAGGCAACCAGCAACAUUUGCACGGCCCAGGCUCUGUUGGCAAACAUGAGCGCCAUGUACGCCGUGUACCAUGGUCCCAACGGCCUUACCGCCAUUGCUAAGCAAGUCGUUGCAAAGGCCCGUCUAAUUCAGCAAGCACUCAUCAACUAUGGCUUUGAGACUGGUCAGCGUGGAAAAUUGGACAACUCGCCUGUCCUUUUCGAUACCUUUGUCGUCAAGACAGGAGACAAGACCGAUGGCAUCAUUGCCCACCUCGACGCGAAGCAUAUUCUCGUGAGAAAGGUCGAUGAUCAGCACAUCGGUAUCUCUGUUGACGAGACAACCAGUGUGCAGACCAUUUCAGGUCUACUGGCAUCGUUCAGAAGAUCUGGCAGCAGUGAAAAUACUACUUCUUUCAACGAGGCUGUCGAUAUUGAGGUCCCAGCGCCGUUCAAGAGGACAAGCGAGUUCAUGACCCACCCAGUUUUCAACUCGCAUCACUCAGAAACUGAGCUUCUGCGAUACAUCAACCACCUAUCAUCGAAGGAUUUGUCACUGGUACACUCCAUGAUUCCCCUGGGCUCCUGCACCAUGAAGCUCAACUCGACAGCUGAGAUGGCACCCGUAUCAUUUGAAAAGGUCUCCAAUUUGCAUCCCUUCCUUCCGCUGGACCGCGCCAAGGGCUACCUUACGAUGAUCAAGCAAUUGGAAGAUGAUCUUGCUGAUAUUACUGGCUUCCACUCGGUCUCGCUGCAACCCAACUCUGGCGCCCAGGGCGAGUUCACUGGCCUCCGCGUUAUCCGCAAGUACCUUGAGCAACAGCCUGGCAAGAAGCGAGACAUUUGCUUGAUUCCUGUAUCCGCACACGGCACUAACCCUGCCAGUGCUGCCAUGUGCGGCAUGCGUGUUGUGCCGAUCAAGUGCGAUCAGGCGACUGGUAACCUUGACAUGGCUGAUUUAAAAGCCAAAUGCGAGAAGCACAGUGAGGAGCUCGGUGCCUUCAUGGUCACCUACCCCAGUACUUUCGGUGUUUUCGAGCCCAACGUCAAGGCAGCUUGCGACCUUAUCCACCAGCAUGGCGGUCAAGUCUACAUGGACGGCGCAAACAUGAACGCACAGAUUGGUCUCUGCUCGCCAGGAGAGAUUGGUGCCGACGUGUGCCAUCUCAACCUCCACAAGACCUUCUGUAUUCCCCACGGCGGUGGUGGACCUGGUGUAGGACCUAUCGGUGUCAAGGAGCACCUUACUCCCUUCCUUCCUGGCCAUCUCCGCGGCGAAACCGGUGGCGAGCAAGCUAUCCAUCCCGUCAGUGGUGCACCCUGGGGCAGCGCCAGCAUUCUGCCCAUCAGCUGGGCGUAUAUCAAGAUGAUGGGUGCCGUCGGCCUAACCGAAGCCACCAAGAUCACUCUCCUCAACGCCAACUAUAUUCUCUCCCGCCUCAAGCCUCACUACCCCAUCCUCUACACCAACGAAAAAGGCCGCUGUGCCCACGAAUUCAUCCUCGACGUCCGUGGCUUCAAGGAAACCGCCGGUAUUGAAGCCAUUGAUAUCGCCAAGCGUCUCCAAGACUACGGUUUCCAUGCCCCGACUAUGAGCUGGCCCGUGGCCAAUACACUCAUGAUCGAGCCUACAGAGUCGGAGAGCAAGGCCGAGCUAGACCAGUUCUGUGACGCUCUCAUCGCUAUCAGGAAAGAGAUCCAAGAAGUCGAGGAUGGCAAGCAGCCCAAGGACGCGAACGUGUUGAAGAUGAGCCCGCAUACACAGCAAGAUCUCAUCACUGGCGAGUGGAACAGGAGCUAUACCAGAGAGAAGGCGGCGUACCCACUUUCGUACCUCAAGGCGAAGAAGUUCUGGCCCAGCGUUGCGAGGUUGGAUGAUGCAUACGGCGACACAAACCUCUUCUGUACCUGCGCACCUGUCCAGGAAGAGGAGACAGAUAUCACCGGUGCUGCUGCGCCUAACCCGACAUAAAUACCCCUUUUCUUUUCUUCAGUGAGGGCUGAUGCGGAAUCUGCACUUGGCGUUUUUGAUUAACUGUAUUUUCUUGGGGACUACCUUUUUGCAUAUAGGGUGCGGGUACGCUUCAACAAGCACCCAGCGUAGGUGUUCCGGGCGUCUACGCAUGAACCAUGUCUUCAACACAUUGCGGUAGACGGUUGGGAGAUAUUCUCCUAUGGGCGGUGCGGCUGCAUUUUGGCGUUUUUUUCUGGUAUGGGGGCUCGAGAUAUGGGUAGUUAUUGAAUUAUUCCCGAGAUUUGGAAAAAUGCCAAAACAUUCCAAUA